CUCUAUCUCUGUCUAUAUAUACUCGGCUGUUCUUGGGUUCAGGAAAGACUUUAGAUCAGACCAUUUUGAGAGGCCUGUGUUUGAAGAAGCUGUGUUCAAUUCAAUUCUUGGUAGAGAAUAGUUCAGUAAGAGAAAAGAAGAAGAAGAAGAUUGUUUUUGAAGGGCUAUGGAAUAUACUAGUCUUGUUGAUUCUUCGUUGGAUCUUAAUGCCUAUCCUCUUAGACUUUUCGAUGAAGCUCCGAAACAAGAGGUGAAAUGCAAUUUCUUUGAGUUGGGAUUGGGAAGGAAGAAGUCAGAGAAAGCAGAGACUGGUGCUUUAAUGGAGGAACUGAAUCGGGUGAGUGCCGAAAACAAGAAGCUAACAGAAAUGCUGACAGUGGUGUGUGAGAAUUACGAAGCUUUGAAAAGUCGUUUGAUGAAUUAUACGAGCAAAAAUUCAGGAACUGAUCAGAUCAGUACCACAUCGAGGAAGAGAAAGGCUGAAAGCCCCACCAACCACUACAACAAUGGCGUUAUUGAUGGGACUAAUGGAAAUUCAGAGAGCAGCUUAAGUGAUGAAGAAUCUUCUAAGAAACCGAGGGAAGAACACAUCAAAGCAACCAUUUCAAGGGUCUGUGUUCGAACUGAAGCAUCCGAUACAAGCCUUUUAGUGAAGGAUGGAUAUCAAUGGAGGAAGUAUGGCCAAAAGGUCACCAGAGACAACCCUUGUCCCAGAGCUUACUUCAAAUGCUCUUUUGCUCCUAGCUGCCCUGUCAAAAAGAAGGUUCAAAGAAGUGUUGAAGAUCAGUCCAUACUUGUAGCAACAUAUGAAGGGGAGCACAACCACCUACACCCCUUAAAACAUGAGGCCUCUUCGGCCUCCAAUCGCUGCGUGACACUUGGCUCAGUUCCUUGCUCAGCCUCUCUCAGCUCAUCAGGACCCACCAUUACUCUUGAUCUAACAAAUCCCAGACCUAAUGAUGAUGCCAAAGUUGCUAACCCCAGAACUGAUUCACCAAAACUUCAACAGUCUUUGGUGGAACAAAUGGCCUCUUCAUUGACCAAAGAUCCUGGCUUCAAAGCAGCACUUGCAGCUGCUAUUUCAGGAAGAAUUAUCCAAAAUAAACAGGAGAAUUGGUGAAAAACCAUGGAGAGGGCUUGAGAUUGAAGCGAAGUUAUUCGUGUAAAUACAACAUUGAAGGAGGAACAGAGACGAGGGGACACUUUUCAGUGUGGUUGAAAUUGGACGGGUUAAACCUGUUACCAAACAAAACCCAGACCCAAAAGCAAACUCACUCCAACCAUUGGGCAAUUGGGCAUAUGGUGGUUGAGAGUCUUGAGACCAUAGAAGGAGGUGCCUAGUUGAGGCCUCAGAUGACAGAUUCACUGCUAUGUUCCCCUUUCUACGUCAAUUGUUCAUAUAUUUUAGUGCUCUCUUUCUUUCUCUCUCUCUCU